AUGCAGAUUCGCUACGCCAUUGCAUGGGCAAUGGUAGCCAUUCAGUCCACCGACGCCUCUAAUUCUACCUCGAAAGGUGACCUGAAUGGUUGGUACCCCUGCUCAGAGUACACUUUCUCGGACGAAGGUAGUUCUACCGGUCAAGUCGCGCAGUGUGCCGUGUACAGUGCACCGUUGUGCUAUCCUGGAAUCUGUGAAACCCCUCCGGGAGUAAACUCGGAAGUCGACGUCUUUGUUAAGCGUUUACCUGCCACGGCAGCCGAUCCCGCCACUACAACCAAUGUAUGGCUGCUUCAAGGAGGCCCCGGUGCAUCGUCCACUGACUUGGAGAUCUCGAUGGCGACCCUGCACUCGGAGCUGGAAGGCACAGUAAACGUGUACACGAUGGAUCAUCGUGGCACGGGGCGUAGCACCAAGCCCGAUUGUGUCGCGGCGCAGGUUACAACCACUGGGUCUCCUUGGGAUUUACAAAUCAAAUACGGCGACCUUGCAUCUUUCUCCGUGACGACGGCUGCAACGGACCUUGCGACUUUCAUUUCCAGAUUCACGAAUGGAGCUGGCACCAUUGUAUAUGGCGUGAGUUACGGCACAAUGUUCGCUGAAAGGCUCAUGCAUCUCGCUCCUCCUCAGGUGACUGGAUAUGUGCUGGAUGGCAUCGCUACAACUUCUGGAGCACCUGAGUUUUUCUAUGCAUCGAAAUGGGACAACAACUUUGGUGAGGUGGGCGACGCUUUCUUGGCGCUAGGUGAGAGUGAUAGCAACUGUAAGCCCCACUUCGAUUCCAAUGGCCUCAACAACACUCUUCAAGGUGUACUUGAGCAAUUUGACCACGAUCCGAACUCAACAUGUGCUGCGUUGGUCAACAGCACGGUAGAAACCGGUGAGUCGCCGUCAGCCAAUCUACGGAUUGCACUCGAGAGCACAGAAGCGAUGAAGCCAAAAUCAAGACAACAACAUCAAAUUGAAAACAAGUCGACAACGUACGAAACUCACUACACUCAAGCUCUUGAAAACUUCUUCGCGAACCAAUGGGGAAAACUCAAGCUGGUGGCACUAGACCCACUCAAGCACUUAGCAAAGUCGCAGACGGCGAUCCAGUACAAUUUCAGCUCUGACCACGCUUCAUUGACUAGCCCAAUGCGGACUACGAUUCCAAACCAAGCAAGUGUGUUGCUGCUGAGUGGUAAGCUGGACCCUCAGACACCCAACAAAUACGCUGAGUACUUACUGAAUGCACUUCGGGGCGAGAAGAAGGAAUUGAUAGCCUUCGAAUACGCAACACACGGCACUGUCAUGACGACUCCGAUGGUUGCGGAUAAUCCGUGGAGUGAAACUUGCGGAAUGAAGGUGCUGGCAUCGUAUGUGCGCGUUGGUGGGGAUCUCGAACGCUUGGAUAAAUCGUGUGUGGCCGAAAUGCCAGCGUUCAACCUGACCACGCCAGAUUACUAUCUGUAUAGUUACUUUGGCACAGAUGUCGCCGACGAUGGCUACUAG